UGAAUGGUGUGUAGCUAACGUAUGUUGUGAGCUAACAGCUGUCAUCCAGCCAAACCCAAAGUUAACGUUAGCUGGCGCUUUCGUCAGCUAACCUAUAGCUUGUUUCGUUACACUGUGUUGCUGUCUGUUAGGGUAGUGUUAUGUUUGGUUCUUCCCAUAUUCCCUACUCGACCAUGAAAAUAACGUCAUAUCACUCUCCAUUAAGCUUUAAUACGGCCUUGCUUGGAGAGGUGAACUAAUGUAUGCCGUUUUACCAUCCAAUUCGGUCAGGUGAAAAUACACUGUGACAGUUUAACGUUAGAAAUAAUUCGUGUAAAAAUCCAGCAAUUAAAGACUGCAGGCCUCAGUUCAUUCUAUUAGCGUGUAACGUUAGUGCUAAUUCAUAUGUGCAAAUCAUGCAUUCAGAGACAUGCAGCAUAUUGGGGAGCUGUUUUAUAGUAGCAUGACGAAUACAUUCGGAGAUGUUUUAAAGUGCUCUCUAAACAGCACACAGUUAUUGAUAUGUUUUUCCACCGUGGACCCCAGUCAAGAAUGGAGCCAUCAGAACAGUCAGGACCAGACUCCGGCUCUCAGGAUGUCAACCCUGUUUUUCUGCAGCAGCUCAGAGAGCUGGACAUCCCAGAGGAGGCAGCCAAGCAGGCACUUCUUCACACUCGGAACGUGUCUGCCGAGGAGGCGGCAAUGUACUACUUCAACAAGCUGGAGAAUGAGGAGGAAGGAGACGAUGACCUCAUGUUCAAGAUGGUGUUUGUGGUGAACAUGGACCUUGCCAUGGGUGUUGGAAAGGUGGCGGCUCAGGUUGGUCAUGCUGCUGUGGGUUUGUACCAGGCUCUGCAGGAGAAGAACAGUUGGAGGGAGAUGGCCUGGAAGUGGGACCACAGUGGAGCCAAGAAGGUGGUGGUCCAGGGCACGAAUGUGGCUCAUCUACUGGAGCUGCAGGCCCUGGCCAUGAGCCUCAGCCUGCCCACUUACCUGGUCCAGGAUGCAGGGCUUACCCAGGUGGAGUCUGGCUCCCGCACUGUCUUGGCCAUUAUGGGUGAGGAGGAGAUGGUGAACAAUGUCACUGGGAGUCUGAAGCUGCUCUGAGGGGCUCAACCGCACUGUGGGGGAGGCAUUGCUCCGCAGCGCCACAGGACAUCCAGCAGAGGGCGGCAUUUCCCAGUGGGAGGGAGAGUCUUGGCAAGCCUGUAACAACCUUUUAAAAAAAGACCUGGAGAGGGAGGGAAAACAAGACAUGUCCCAAAACCAGAAAACAAACACCCUCAGCCAUUUGUUUCCCUUUCAUUCUUUGUCUGAGCCGCUUAGUUGGCCAUUAAGAGGAGGAGGGGAGAGAGACUGGUUGUUCACAGGGGAACGAGCAAAAGCAGUUGAAUUUUCUUUUUCUGGUGACCUUUUUCUUUCUCAAACAGGCCACCUACUUAGAAGAGAGUCUUAUUAGAAAUCUUAAUCCAUUUUCAAACACAUCUAGUCUGUUGUCCAGUUGCAGAUAAUGGCAAAUUAAAAUCAAGUAUUUUUGGUGGUUGACCAAUAUUGUAGUUUUGCUUAUGCAAGGGGCUGUGUACUUUAGACUAUAUAUAAUGUAAGUAUAAUUUAUACCCAUAGCUGAUGUAGUAUUUCCCUGUCGGAUUCACUACUCCUGAGUGAAGGGUAACUUAUUAACUGAUAUGUGAACACUCGUUUUUGACAUUUAAAUAAUUUUGUGUCUGUAUGCAACUAAUCUCCCAAAGAUCCCUAUCCUAUAGACUCAGUAACAUUACUCAUUAUUGAUAAAUGGCUAUAUUUUGUAUACAUAUGCCUGUUGGGGGCCAUAUACUGUAUAAUCUGUGGUGUGCCAUCCUAAACAGUAUGCACAUUUACUGGACUUUGUUGUAUUGUCUUUUUUUUUUUUCUUUGUGCAGAAGGAAAAAAAAAUCCUAAAUUAUAAUUUUUGGAUUUAUUAGUAAAAAUCUGAUGACAGGCGAGAAGUUAUGUGGAGCCAAAAUGUCUGGGCCUAACUUUAUGCACUCUGAUGGCCUGAAGUGGAUAGUUUACACUAAUGAGGUUGAUCAAAUUACAGCUUGACAGAACGCAAAUAAUUGUGUGUGUGACAGUUAUUACUUGGUGAAUAGUCUUGCCCACUAAUAAUCUUAAUACACAAUGAAUGCUGUGUGAGCUAUUGUGUGUCUGUGUUCUCACUAACAUAUUUGUGGGCAUGAGCUGCCUCUCCCAGAAUUCUUAUCUUAAUGUCAAAGAUUUUAUUUGUAACCGAAAUCUUAAAAAAAAAAAAUGGCAGUGGCAUGCAUGCAAUAUGAAAUGUACAUUUGAACAGACCGUUGGAAUCCCAAAGUUAUGUCAAUUUUAGUAACAUGUCCACACUUUGAUACCUCCUAUGUUAUAUAGUUAUUUGUGUGAGUGCUUCAGACUAUGGAGACAAUUAAAAAUGCCUCCGGUUAAGUAACAA